UGGCCUCAAAUCUUAGUAGUGUAAAUGGAUGCGCUUCGAGCCGCAGUUUUCUUCUUGGUUCUACUGAUAUCAUGCGAGAUUAAUGGCGCCGAGGAUGAAGAAUGGAAGACUGCCACUGCAACAUACUCCAAAGAAACAGAUGGGUCAAUCAUUACAGAAGGGGCUUGUGGCUAUGGAGACCUCCACAAGAUUAGCUAUGGGAAGUACAGUGCUGGCUUAAGCACCAUUUUGUUCAACAGGGGAAGCACUUGUGGAGCUUGUUACGAGGUGAGAUGUGUUGACCACAUAUUGUGGUGCCUGCAAGGGAGUCCAUCCAUUAUUCUCACUGCCACAGAUUUCUGCCCUCCGAACAAUGGACUGGCAGCCGAUUAUGGUGGCUGGUGCAAUUUCCCCAAAGAACACUUUGAGAUGUCAGAGGCCGCAUUUGCUGAAAUUGCUGAGAGAAGAGCUGAUAUUGUUCCAGUGCAGUACAGGAGGGUGAAGUGUGAAAGAAGUGGUGGACUGAGAUUCAAUCUACAGGGGGAUUCACGCUUCUUUCAAGUUCUAAUUGCCAACGUGGGUUUGGAUGGUGAAGUGGUAGCUGUGAAAGUGAAAGGAUCAAAAACAGGAUGGAUACCUAUGGGAAGAAAUUGGGGACAAAACUGGCAAUGCAAUGUGAAUCUCAAGGGGCAGCCUAUAUCUUUUGAGGUGACCGCCAGUAGCGGAAGAACACUAGCAUCUUAUAAUGUUGCUCCACCAAACUGGCAGUUCGGUCAGACAUUUGAAGGGAAACAAUUCUAGUAAUAGAAGCUUCUGAAC